AUGGCCGGACUACCUCUUGAAGCAAUCAAAUCGUUUUCUGAUGCUCAUCCAAAGCCAUCCGAACUCCAUUUUCAGUACGGAACAGCGGGCUUUAGGACAUUGGGAAAUACCUUGGAUUCUGUGAUCUUUCGAGUUGGUAUACUUGCAGGAUUGAGAAGCAAGAAAAUGGAUGGGAGGACCAUCGGUGUAAUGGUCACUGCGUCUCACAACCCUGAGCAGGAUAAUGGCGUCAAGCUUGUUGAUCCACGCGGAGAAAUGCUAGAAGCAUCGUGGGAGGCACAUGCCACUGUUCUCGCGAACGCUCCUACCACAGAUGCAUUGGUAGAAGCGCUUGAAGCGCUUGUAAUCAACGCGAAGAUUGAUCUUUCUAAGCCAUCACGGGUUGUUUAUGCUAGAGAUACUCGUCCUUCAGGACCAGCUCUCAUAUCUGCCCUUGAAGAUGGCUUCAAAGCUUUGGGUGUUGAAGCACGAGAUGGCGGUAUAACAACCACCCCCAUACUUCAUUACCUCGUCAAAGCUAUCAACACGAAGGGAUCAAGUGAAUCAUACGGCGAAGAUUCAGAAGAGGGUUAUUACACUAAACUCAGCGAAUCGUUCAAAAAGUUGAUCUCUGGGAGAACCAAACCAAGUCCUUUGGUUAUUGAUUGUGCAAAUGGUGUUGGUGCCCAUGCCGCUGCUAAACUAUCCACUUACCUCGGAGAGUCGCUGCCCAUGAUCCUUGAAAAUACUGCCACAUCUACUACCGGUACUUUGAACGACUCGUGCGGUGCAGACUACGUGAAAACUAUGCAAAGAUUACCUCCCAACUUGGUUAAUGUCAUGAAACCGGGCCAAAGAGCGUGCAGCUUAGACGGUGAUGCAGAUCGGCUGAUGUAUUAUUAUUUGGAUGAACGUGGUUUAUUCCAUAUGUUGGAUGGUGACAAGAUUGCAGCGCUGGUUGCGGCUUUCAUCGUGGAACUUGUCAAACUUGCCGGUCUAGAUUCUGAGGUCAAGGUCGGGGUAGUCCAAACAGCUUAUGCCAACGGAGCAUCAACCAAAUAUUUAGCUGAGCGUCUGCCUGUCAAAUGCGUCCCCACCGGGGUAAAACACUUACACCACGCAGCAGAAAAUUACAACAUCGGGGUAUAUUUUGAAGCCAAUGGCCACGGAACUGUCAUCUUCUCUCCAAAAACCCAAGAGAAACUUGCCCAGCAUGAGCCAUCGACUCCCGCACAGUCCACAGCACUUAAUCACUUGAUAAACCUAACCCAAUUAAUUAACCAGACCGUGGGUGACGCAUUAUCUGACAUGCUGCUCGUUGAAGUCGUGCUAGCCCAUAAAUCAUAUUCUGGGGUGGAAUGGAAUUCUUUGUACGCGGAUCUGCCAAACAGGCUGGUCAAAGUCGUAGUCAGCGACAGGAAUAGCUUCAAAACCGAAGAUGCAGAACGUCGUCUUGUCAACCCUCCUGGAUUGCAAGCCAAGAUUGAUGAACUUGUUCAAAGGUAUGAAGCAGGACGGUCUUUUGUUCGACCGAGCGGAACGGAGGAUGUGGUGCGAGUAUAUGCUGAAGCUGCAGUAAAAGCUCAAGCGGAUGAACUUGCGUUUCGGGUUGCAGGACUUGUGUACGACGAAGCAGGUGGUGAUGCCUCCAAACGACCCAAGGAGUUUCUUUAA